AUGGUUUUUUUUUGGUACAAAUUAAGAAGCAAAUUUAAUAUAUAUAUUAUUCAUAGUCGUUUUUGUAUUUGUUUUCAAUUUUUGAAUAAUCAGAUUUUACGUUUAAUUUUUGUGCGUCUUACAGUUUCAUUUUUUUUUCUUUUUGUAAUAAGUAUUUAUCAUUUUAUUGAAACUGAAAGACGGGUGGAAGGAGGGUGGGACUCGACUUGCAGCUACCUCCGCGCGAUCACUGUUUUAAUUAUUUCUGUUUAA